CUAAAAAAUGGAGUUUUGGCAAUUCAAACUAUACGCAACAAUAUAAUGGCGUCUACACUUUUGGCAUCAACAGCCAUCACUCUCAGUUCAUUGAUCGGUGUUUUCGUGAGCAACACAUCGAACUCGGCCUCUGCAUCAUCAGAAUUAAUUUACGGCAACAAAACUCCCCUCAUGUCUUCAGUCAAGUACUUUACUAUCUUGCUCUGCUUCCUUGUCGCCUUUGUUUGCAGUGUGCAGUCUAUUAGGUACUAUGCCCAUGUUAGCUUCUUGGCUACCUUGCCCACAUUACAAGAUAAAAGAGAAUCUGUCGAGUAUGUUGCGAGAAACUUGAACAGGGGUAGCUUGUUUUGGUCACUUGGACUGCGAGCAUUUUACUUGUCAUUCCCUCUCUUCCUCUGGAUUUUUGGGCCGAUACCCAUGUUCGUUUGUUGCUGCAUAAUGUCAAGUGUGCUUUACUUCUUGGACACAACUACCAGCUUUACAAGGCAUCUUCACAUUCACUCUAUGAAAGGUGAAAAAACCGAGGAUGUUGAGAUUGGAAGCUGAAAGGCCCUUACAGAUUUAUAAAAAGCUACCCUUUAAUUAAGAGCAUUAUUUUGGAAAGAGAGAGAUUCUUGUAUUUAUGACACAGAUAGAAGUUGUUUGUAAAUUUGUCCUUGGG